CCUCACUCCAUUCGGCAUCUCGCUUACAAUCUCGCGUUGUAUCACCUCGCCAAAGACUACAACAGCUCAAUCGCAAUCCGGUUCAUGCAUUAUCUGCAGGCAGCAAGCAUUGUCGACGUGCAUUGAGGCUGAGGGCUUCAGCCAGUCUGCAGGACAUUGGGGUGAUCUCCAGCGUCUCAGCCACUUCGACCAGACUUGAAAGAGUCGUAACCGUUCUUUCACUUCACUUUCCUGUCAAAGACAUUUCGAGGAGUCUUUCCCUUGUUCGUCUCAUUGUCCAAUUGGGCAAGCGCAGUCUCCGCCUUUACUUGCUGCAUUCUUACAACCCUGCAUCUUCCGCCGAAUGCCGCAACUGUUUAUUCCGGACGCCUGCUCUGAAUCUUCACACUUCCACUUCCAACAGUUAUCGAAAGAGCUUGGGAUUACUCAGGAGUCAUGACGAAGAAACUCACAUAUUCUAGAAAGGACAAGGCGCGGCCACGCAAUAAUGAAGAUCCGACACCAGAUGACGAAGACGGCAGUCGUAAGCGACGGAGAACCGAUAGCCCCAGCGAAACCAGCAGUUUUGUAUCCGUGCCUACAAUAUCGUCAACGGCCUCAAGUAUCCGUGCAAAAGGCUCUGCUAUAUACAAGAAGACAUCGCAGCUUUUCGGUGGGCCCGUCUCUAUCCCGCAGGAUGACGCAGAUGUCGAAGUUACGCCAAAGUCGCGGAAGUCUCUGUCAGGCUUGUUCGACAAAGCAUUGCAAGGUCGCACCACGCAAACCCAAAAGUUCAAGCAACCAAACAUCCAUGGUAGUCGCGAGGAGUUUGUGCGAACGGUUGAAGUCAGGAAGAAGGAGCCUCACAGCACACAACCGAGUGGCAGCUAUCUUCCAACACCACCAUCAGAAGGGCAAAGGCUUCGUAGCAAUGGCACAGGCAGCAGUAACUCGAGCGGACUUGGCGCAAGGCCUAAGCCAGCAAUGGUAUCUGCCACCUACGACGGCUCAUCAGAGGCAACAGAUCUGUGCCGAAAGCGCAGCAAAAGCAAGCCACAAAAGCAGCCUUACGUGCCUAAUACCUACGCAGCCGAGAGGACAUUACAUCCAGGUGCAGAUCUGUUUGGCGACCAAUUACCGAAGCGAUCACGAGAAGUUCAACUAUGGUCCAUGAAUCAGUCCAAGUCACCCUUCUUACAACUUCCAGAAGAUGUGCGUGCACGAAUAUAUGGAUGCGUCCUAGGGGGCAAAACCAUCACUAUCGGCUACGAGACCUACCGCACUGUAGACGGCGCUCCUGAACCUGACAGGGUCGUACCAACCUUCAGGUACUGCUGCGCCGUCUACAGCCAGCCUAACGUCAACCCCUUCAAGAAGCAACUGCCCUACAUCAAUGUUACGUACGGCUAUACUCCGCUCAACAACAUCUGCCGGCAACUCUACUACGAAACGGCAACGUUACCGUUCACACUCAACACUCUCGCAUUCUCAACGCACAAUACCAUGUUCAACUUUCUCUUUCUGGAGCAACGCCUCUCACGCGAACAGCGCGACGCAAUCACAUCGAUCACGCUACAAGACGCACUGCCAAUGCCGAAUCUGCUCAUCUAUAUGCGUAAUUUGCAGAAGGUUGUGCUUGUCGAUGAUCUGCCAGGGAACUCGAAGGGCACAUACAAGGUCACUCGCGUCAAGGGCAAGGCGCCGAAGCUGCUGAAUACAAGGCACGUCUGGGGAGGUUAGUGUUCGAAGACUUUAUUAUCUUUGCAUGCAUCUAGAUUGGCGUUCUGGGACGUUGCCUCGGCAUUAAGAUUACCAAACAUCACGAAAUUAUGGUGGAUAUAGCGCUGUUUGCAUGAAUGGGAGGGAGCGCAUUUCUUUCCUGGUUCUUUGAAGAUCGUUAUAUCAGCAGCAACGCUACGGUAACUCCUGGAGGUAUUGAAGCGGCCCAGGUGGACAUCAUAUGUUCGAGAUCGCAUUGGCGAUUGCAGCGUUACUAUAUUCACUCCUAGAGGCAAGCAAGUUGCCGAGACACCUCACGGCAUUCAUCUAU